UCUGUCGCCGACUAUCUCUCUCUCUCCGGCCUCGCCGCCGCCGCCGCCGCCGGUCUCAAGGUCCGUCGCCCUUGCUCCCCCAACCUUCUUGUCGCUGUCCAGCCGCUGAACAGUGCCUCUGUUGUCGUUCUUUUCCUUUUCUUUCGGUUCUUGAAAGUUGAAAAACAGAGCGAAUCUGAUCAGGGGGCCCGGAACCGAAAGCGAAGAGGAUGGGGCGAUCCUUAUGGAAGGGCAUCUUCGUGGACGCGUUCCUGUCGAAGAUCAAGGACAGGAGAGACCUCCUCUCGAACAAGAAGAUCUGGUCCCGCCGGUCCUCCAUCCUGCCGGAGUUCGUCAACACCACCGUGCGGAUCUACAACGGGAAGAACUUCGUCCGCUCCAAGAUCACCGAGGACAAGGUGGGUCACAAGUUCGGCGAGUUCGCCCUCACGCGGAAGCGGAAGAUUCACAGGACGAAUACUGGGUCGAGCAAGAAGGGUGGAAAGAAGUAGAGUGUCUAAGUUGGGUAUGAUCCGGUUCCGCUAUUUUGGCCACCGCUCGACCCUUCGUGUGUGAUGGAUGAUCUGAGCGUGUGGAGCAUGCUACGGGCUGGAUUGGCGCGGAAUUUCGCCCAGAAAGAAGGCGCCGAGAUGACCUGAUCUGGUGCGUCGGGCAUCGGAAUUGGGCUGCUGCAGCUGGUGAGGCGCGAUGGAGGCUGCGAAGAGACUCGCCGGUGCUGCUCAGAACUCGCUGGGCUGAGGUGACUCUGCUGGGAUUCACCCGUGCAGAUCGACAGGAACAACGCCAGGCAGCCUGCAGCUCCGGGGCUCGCUGGAAUCGUCGCUAAAAGGAAGCUUGCUUAGAGGAAGGCCGCCGGAGCAAGCUGUGACCACCGGGAAACCUGCAAAAAGUUUGACAAAAGUGAAUCGGACUAUUUGCAGCGCCGGGGACUGGUCUGGGCUUGGUGAAGAGCGGGAGCAAUCCGGAGCAGAACAGCAAAGUCGUUGAAGGCUGAAUAUCAAGAAAAUAAUGCCCAUCUUUUCCUUACUUGCCAUGGGUCCAAAUUUACUUCUAAAAUUUAAUCUUAACGAACCAAUUUUCUGACUCGGCAUUUUAA